UCUAUCAAGAGCGGGAGCGCGGGUUGGUGCUGAUCGCAGUGCGUCGCUCCGCCCCUCCCUUUUCUCUCACACACGCACGGGAGCGAGAUCUUCCCUCACACACAGCAGCGGCCAUUGCGCCUUCUUCUCUUUUCCCCUUUCUCCCUCUCAGCUCGGCACCCGACCAACACUCACGCUCAGCUCCCGCCGCAGGAAGGAGGGCAAAUUGCCAGGGCGUUCCGUCCCCUUUCCCUUCCCACAAGCGGCCGCCUCACACCGAAGCAGCUUCCUCUGUCUGUGAGUUCCCCCUCCCCUUCCAGCCAGGCCUGAGCCUGCACUCCCUCCCCCUGCCUCGCGCUCUCACCACUUCUCCUCACUCACACACGCGACAUGUCGGCGCCCAAAGUCAGUAAAAAGGAGGUGAACUCCAACCAUGACGGAGCGGACGAGACCUCAGAAAAAGAGCAACAGGAAGCCAUUGAGCAUAUUGAUGAAGUACAGAAUGAAAUAGACAGACUGAACGAACAGGCAAGUGAAGAAAUAUUGAAAGUAGAACAGAAAUAUAACAAACUUCGUCAGCCAUUUUUCCAGAAGAGGUCAGAGUUGAUCGCCAAAAUCCCAAACUUCUGGGUUACAACAUUCGUCAACCACCCACAAGUAUCAGCAUUACUGGGUGAGGAAGAUGAAGAAGCACUUCACUAUCUGACUCGGGUGGAGGUUACAGAGUUUGAAGACAUAAAAUCGGGUUACAGAAUAGAUUUUUAUUUUGAUGAGAAUCCCUACUUCGAAAACAAAGUCCUCUCUAAAGAAUUCCACUUGAAUGAAAGUGGAGACCCAUCUUCAAAGUCAACUGAGCUAAAAUGGAAAGCAGGCAAGGAUUUAACAAAGCGUUCUAGCCAGACACAGAACAAAGCCAGCAGGAAGAGGCAACAUGAAGAGCCAGAAAGCUUUUUCACUUGGUUCACAGAUCAUUCUGAUGCAGGGGCUGAUGAACUUGGAGAGGUUAUUAAGGAUGACAUCUGGCCAAACCCACUGCAGUACUACCUGGUCCCUGACAUGGAAGAUGAAGAAGCAGAGGGUGAGGAAGAGGAUGAUGACGAUGAGGAAGAAGAGGGGCUAGAAGAUAUUGAUGAGGAGGGGGAUGAAGAUGAGGUUGAAGGAGAGGAAGAUGAUGACGAAGAUGAAGAGGGAGAAGAAGCGGAGGUAUGAAGACGAAGGUGAAGAUGAUUAAGUGAUCGCAUUGUUUGGAUUCCAUCGUUUUUCCUUUUUUUUUUUUUUAUCCAGUCCCUGGGAGCAAGAUGCUGUCGUAUAUAUAAUUUUUUUUUUUUUUUUUUAAAUUUUUAUUUUGUGUGCUCGGUUGCCUUGUUCUCUUGGUCCUUUUUUCCCCCCUCUCCAUACCAUUGUUCAUACAUUUCUUUUUUCCCUUUUUUUGGGGCGGGGUAAGAACUGAGUAAAAUGCAGUGGAAAUCUCUAACCAUUUUUUUUAUGUUCCCAAGUCCAAAAUGCUCGUCUCCAACAAUAAACGUCAAACUUUGUAACAUCCAUGUUGUCUGUGGGGCACAGCUUACCUUGGCUGCCAUCUUUGUUGGAAGCUGUGGAACGUUGAGGUGUAUGAAUAGUGCAUAGCAAUCCCACUUAUUAUUUUUCUUUUACCAUUUCCCCCUUUCCAUUUUCUGUAUAUUGGGCUCAGCGGUUUCCAUGUGAAUACGGACAGAUAGCAUUUACCACCAUGUAUCGGUUUUUCUUCCUUGUUUAAAAAAUUAAUAAAAGUACAAAAAAAAUAAAAAUACUGUGGGGUGGGUGGGAUAGAAGUCAGCGGGAGGGUUUUCAGUGAAAACAGGGAGGUCCGGGUGGGCUGGGUUGGGCAUUUUGAAAACGUUGCUUUUUCUCUUUGGCAUGUUUGUGAUGUUUAUAACAGGACAUCCAUGCAGGUUAAGACACUUUUAAAAUUAAAAAAAAAAAAGCAAAAAAAAAAAAA